AUGCUGGACAAAGGUAUCAUCGUUCCGUCAGUUUCUGAGUGGUCGUCAGCACCGGUCCUGGUGCGGAAAAAAGAUGGGACUGUUAGGUAUUGUAUUGAUUUUAGGGGAGUUAAUAAAAUCACCAAGAAAGAUGCUUUCCCACUCCCGAACAUGGAGGAAUGUCUAGACACUCUUGGAAAAAACAACUUUAUGAGCACGCUUGACAUGGCACAGGGAUAUUAUCAGAUAGAGGUAGACCCUGAUGAUAGACACAAGUUGGCAUUCAUCACAAGGUAUGGCCUAUUUGAAUUUGUACGAAUGCCAUUUGGAACAUGCAAUAGCCCUGCAACCUUUCAACGGGUGAUACAGUUAGUUUUACAAGGUCUUAACUGGAAAGAAUGCCUUGCUUACCUAGACGAUGUCAUAGUCUUAGGUCAGAAUUUUGAGGAACAUUUAAUAAAUCUAAGAGCAGUAUUUGAAAGAUUUAGGACCCAUAACCUCAAACUAAAACCAAAAAAAUGUCAUCUCUUCAGGAAGGAGCUUCAAUUCCUUGGUCGGUUGGUUACAGAAAAAGGGGUCAGCAUCACUACCGAGAGUGUGAAAUGUAUGGCAGAAUGGCCGACACCCAAAUGCAAGAAGGACCUUGAAGCAUUUCUUGGGUAUGUUAACUACCAUAGAGAGCAUAUAAAGAGUUUUGCAGAGAUAGCAGCACCUCUGUACACUCUCACAGGGCCAAAGACCAAGUUUAUCUGGAAUAAAGAGAAGGACACAGCAUUCAUUUCCCUUAAAGAGGCAAUGACUAACCCUGCAGUUCUGGGAUAUCCCUCUGAUGAUGGCAUGUUCAUAUUGGACACGGAUGCUUCGGACAUGGCUAUUGGAGCAGAACUGUCCCAGAUUCAGUGUGGUAAGGAAGUCUUAAUCAGUUUUAACAGCAAGACCUUGACAUCUACUCAACGGAAGUACUGCGUUACUAGGAGGGAGUUGCUAGCUGUUGUAGCAUUUACUCGUCACUACCGAUAUUAUCUACUGGGCAGACCUUUCAUUUUGCGGACAGACCACAACAGUCUGGCAUGGUUAAUUGGGUUCAAAAAUAUUGAGGGGCAACUAGCUCGCUGGCUAGAAGAGUUAUCACAAUAUGAUGUUACCAUCCAGCACCGAAGUGGAAAGAAACACCAGAACGCUGAUGGCCUCUCCAGAAUGUCAACAAAUGACCUGUCCUGUGACUGUUACAAUGCUGGUUGUGAUGUCAGUAGGCUACCUUGUGGGGGCUGCAGUUACUGUCGACGGAUGCAUGCUCAAUGGGAACGCUUCCAGGAGGAUGUUGAUGAUGUAAUCCCCCUAGCAGUUAGGACCCUUCAAGAAACUGAUAAACCAAAGGAAACACCUAACACCAUAGACAAGGAUGCAUGUAACUGGGCUUCUGCCUUAACAGAUGAAGAAAUCAGAGAUGCACAAAUGCAAGAUUUAAACACAAGUACCUUAAUGAAAUGGAAGGCAGAAAACUAUGUUCCAACUGAACUGGACCUGUCCCUUUCCAGUAGAGCUGUAAAAUACUUUUGGAACUGCUCAUCGCAACUACGAAUUUUGAAUGGUAUCCUUUUCUAUGAGUGGAUAGAUGGCUCUAUGUCCCGACUAUUGCUUGUGGUCCCAAAGUCACUACAAAAUUGUGUUCUAGAAGGAUCUCAUGACAACAAAUUAGCAGGCCAUAUGGGACAGCAGAAAACCCUACAGAAGGUGAAAUCAAAGUAUAUCUGGUUUGGAAUGAGUUCAGAUUGCGAGUCUUAUGUCCGAACGUGCCCAGUAUGUAAUGUCAACAAGAAAGCCAAUGUACAUGCCAAAGCAGGCCUUGGCCAAUACCAUGCUGGAGCACCCUUAGAAAGAGUGCAUAUUGACCUGAUGGGUCCAUUUGUGGAGUCCGGCAAAGGGAACAAGUACAUUUUAAUGAUAGUCGACCAAUUCACCAAGUGGUUAGAGUGUUACGCACUGCCUGAUCAAGAAGCUGAGACAGUAGCAACAUCAUUUGUGGAAGGUUUUGUAUCUCGAUUGGGGUGCCCUCUCCAGGUUCACUCUGACCAGGGUAGAAAUUUCGAGAGCCGCUUAUUUCAGGAAGUGUGUAAACUACUCCAAAUAACAAAGACGAGAACCACCCCAUACAGACCCUGCUCAAAUGGACAGGUCGAAAGAUACAAUCGUCUUGUUCUCCAAGCCAUCCGAUGUUAUAUGGAAAACAUCUCACAACAGAAAGAUUGGGACCUACACCUCCAACAAAUAGCUGGGGCAAUCCGUGCCACUGUCAAUCGACAAACGGGAUUCACACCAAACAGAAUGAUGCUGGGGAGAGAAGUCUCUCAACCUUUAGAUAUAAUGUUAGGAAGGAAGAUACCAGGGCAAAACCCAGCAGGAUAUGUGGAAAAUUUGGAGGAGGCUCUUUCAGUGUGUCAUCAAGCUGCGAGGGACAACUUGGGGGAAGCACAACUCCGUCAGAAGAGGACCUAUGACAUAAAAUCAAACACAAGAAGCUAUGAGGUGGGUGAUGUGGUAUAUAUGGUGGAUACCUCUUCCAAAGUAGGCCAAUCGAAGAAGUUGAGAAUCCAAGGGAAAAAGGAAAACAAGGUGGUCCACCAUGACAGAUUAAAACUUUGUCAAGACAGAGAUCUACCCUUAUGGCUUAAAAGGCUACGACAUUCAGUUCUUCACCCAGAACCCAGUGACAAGGAAUCCAAACAGCAAAAUCAAGUACAGGAGGAAUUACCGCAGUCCAGUUCUUACGAAGAUGAUGCCGUAAGCCCCACAAAUGAAGGACAUGAGAAUGAAUCAUCAGAUGAUUUGGAGAUCUGCCAAAGACCCGCUCGAAAACGACAGGCACCUAAGUGGAUGAAGGAUUUUUGUCUUUUGGACAAUUAA